CUUGAACUCUUAGACCAGCCCAUCUUUGGAGAUCAUCCUGCUAAUUCUGACCGACUUCCGCUCAAGAAGAACCCUAGACCAGUACCAGCAGCAACGAGGAGCAACUGAUCUUCGUCCCCUCACCCAGCCCUCCGACAGCCAUCUUAAUCCAUCUCUCCAAGGGAAGAUGAAGGUGAUUGCCGCUUACUUGCUGGCUGUUCUGGGAGGGAACACCACCCCAACUGCUGAUGACUUGAAGGACAUUCUUGGAUCAGUUGGUGCGGAGGCCGAUGAUGAUAAGAUUGAAUUGCUCUUGUCCGAAGUCAAGGGAAAAGACAUCACUGAACUGAUUGCAUCUGGAAGGGAGAAGUUGGCAUCAGUGCCUUCUGGUGGUGGUGGUGUCGCUGUAGCAGCGGCUCCUGUUGGUGGGGGAGGUGGUGGCGACGCACCAGCAGCUGAAGCAAAGAAGGAGGAGAAAGUUGAGGAGAAGGAAGAGUCUGAUGACGAUAUGGGCUUCAGUCUAUUUGACUAAGAUAGAGGUAAUGUUUACAAUGUGUCAACCCUUGUUCAGUGUGGUUUUUGGAUUGUCCUGGAGACUGAAUUCUGGCUUAUGAUAACAAUGAUAUAUUGGUGAUCUAUAGAAGUAAUCCUCAAAUCUGCCUGUCCUUUUUUUUUUCACUUAUGAAGCCGCUUGAUCGAGGUCUGCAAUUUAUGAGCAUCAUUUUAGAAGUUGUGUGUAGAAGCCGUCACUCCAACUAAUUGAUGGUUGUGGUGAGACUGAGUGAUUUCAGAGUAAACAUGAUGUAUGAGCAUCAGCUUACCUGCUACUCUCCGAAAGCCAAGUAAAGAAAUGCAUGGUUGAGAA